AUGUGGGCUGGGUAUGAGGCAUUGCACCCGGGCGGGUCGGAGCCCUUUUUUACGUGGGAGGCUUUCCUGUUGUGGGACAAGUCGUUGUCAGCGUUGAAGAACCUCAGGAGCGGCAGAGACACGAUCGAGCAGGCGCAGGCGAAGGCGUCUGCCUCGGAGGAGGUGAAAGAGAAAGUCCAGCUGGACCUCACGAGAGAGUCGGAGGCAGAUGCAGCACUCGUACCAGUCUUGAUCGCCCGGAUGCUCCUUCUGUCGGUGAUGUCGGGUUCGUGGCUGUCGCGUGUUGUCGGCUCGUUGGACCUGCUUGUGAUCCACGUGUUGAUGUGCAACGCUAUCGCCUUCCCCUGCAUGUACGUAGGCUCUACCCGACUCACCGUCUUUGUUAGCAUCGGGCUGUAUAGGGUUGUGCGGAACUGGGUCUUGGGGAUGUCUGUUGUUGUUGCAAUCGAGGGGAGAGCGAAAGUGAAGAGCGGCAUGUAUGUCUCUUUCCCUGUGAGCUCGAGGUGUUUGUGGGCUUACCCGCUCGACGAGCAGCCUGACGCUGUCGGAGGCCUGCGAGCCAGGCAAUGA